AUGGACUCGAUUUCAAUAGCUGAUGGGAUACCACAAAAUCCAAAUGAAGAAAGAUUUAAACAAUUAAUAGAAAAAUUUAAAACAGUAUAUACAGGAGUUCAACCACAGUUUUUAUGUCGUGCACCAGGACGAGUCAAUCUUAUUGGGGAACAUAUUGAUUAUUGUGGUUAUUCAGUAUUACCUAUGGCUGUUGAUCAAGAUAUUGUUUCUAUCUUUGCUACAACUGAUGAUAAUGAAGUACAUAUCAGUAAUACAGAUCAAUCAUUCAAAGAAGGUUCAUUUGAUAUUGCAAAUUUUUCUAUUUCAUAUGAAAAAUCUGUUUGGUACGAAUAUUUUAAAUGUGGUAUUCAAGGUAUUCGUGAUAAAUAUCCUGAUAUUAAAUUAAAAGGUAUGAAAGUUUUAAUUGAUGGAACGAUUCCACGUAGUGCUGGUCUUUCAUCAUCAUCAGCACUUGUUGUUUGUGCUGCUUUAUCAACAACUAUUAAUAAUGGAAUUCAUAUUACCAAGAGUGAUUUAGCUGAACUUUGCGCUGAAUGUGAAAAAUAUAUUGGUACACAAGGAGGUGGAAUGGAUCAAGCUGCAUCUUGUCUUGCACAUAGUGGUUCUGCAAUGUUAAUUAGUUUUAAUCCAUUGAAAACACAAGAUGUUACAUUACCAAAUGGUUCUGCUUUUGUUGUAACACAUUCAUUAACUGAAGUUAAUAAAGCAGCAACAGAUCAUUUUAAUAUACGUGUAUCCGAAUGUCGAUUAGCAACUCAAAUAUUAGCCAAUGCGAAAGGUCUUGAUUGGCGUUCCAUUCGUAAACCAUAUGAAUUACAAACUGCUCUUAAUAUGACAAUAAAUGAUUUAGAAAAAUUUGCAUUAGAUACACUUCAUGAAAUUCCUUAUACAAUUGAUGACGUUGCUAAUUUAUUAAAUGUUACUGUUGAUGAAUUAAUUAGUAUUAGUUUAAGACCAAAUGUUAAACGAGAACAAAAAUUUGAAUUAUGUAAACGUAUAAAACAUGUUCUUAGUGAAGCUAAUCGUGUUUUAUUGUUUAAAGAAGUAUGUGAUUCAAAUGCACAUGAUCGUCUUGAAACACUUGGAGAAUUAAUGAAUCAAAGUCAUAAUAGUUGUUCAAAAUUAUAUGAAUGUAGUAGUGAUGAACUUGAUGAAUUAACUGAAAUUUGUCGACAAAAUGGUGCUCUUGGUUCACGUCUUACAGGUGCAGGAUGGGGUGGUUGUGCUGUUUCACUUGUAAAACAAGAAAAUUUAAAUGAUUUUAUUCGCAAUGUUCGUGAAAAAUUUUAUACAAAUAGUACAGAUUCGAAACGAAUUAGUAAAGCCGAUCAAAGUAUUUUUCCAACAUUACCUGGUUGUGGAAUUUAUGCUGUACGAUUAUAA